UCUGGAUGUUCAGAGCAAGAAACAAAAUUUUUUUUGCUAAACAUGUUGAGAACAACUCAUCUUUCUCCCUUCUCUUCUCCAUCCUUCUUCCUGCCCAACCUCAGACUCCCACUCAUCUCCUCUUCUUCUCUCCCCUUCUCUCCUUUGAGAGCCCCCUGCUACUCUUCUCUUCCAUUGCUUCACCUCCCUAGACUCUUCACACCCACCUUUUCACCUCCUUCCUCUUGUUCUCUCUUUAGCUGGAAUCCAUUCAUGGGAACUAACCCCAGACCUUCAGGGAAAGUUUGGUUUAGUGCUGGGAAUGGUGAGUUGCAGAGUAAAGAGAUAUUAGUUCAGCACUUGCUUGUUGGUGGAGAUGACCUUCAGCUCUUGGUGGAGCUACAAAAACGGAUUUCUGGAGGAGAAGAUUUAAGUGAUUUAGCUACAGAAUAUUCAAUCUGCCCAUCGAAAGAAAUUGGUGGUAUGCUUGGAUGGGUGAGAAGAGGGCAGAUGAUACCAGAAUUUGAGGAAGUCGCAUUUACUGCACCCUUGAAUAAAGUUGUGCGUUGCAAGAGUAAAUAUGGCUGGCACCUUUUGCAAGUUCUUUCUGAAAGGGAAGAAUCUCUACUUGAAGAUAUUGGACCAGAAGAAUUUUACUCAAAAAUGCAGGAUCCAAGCUUUGUCGAAACAGCUCAGUUGAUUGAUGUCCGAGAACCUGAAGAAGUAGAUAUAGCCUCAUUGCCAGGUUUCAAAGUUCUACCUUUGCGUCAGUUUGGGACAUGGGGAUCAUUAAUCACAGAUGAGUUCAAUCCUCAGAAGGACGUCUAUGUAUUGUGUCAUCAUGGAGUGCGAUCGAUGCAAGUAGCUAAAUGGUUGCAGACCCAGGGAUUCAAGAAGGUAUUCAAUAUUGCAGGAGGCAUUCAUGCAUAUGCUGUCAAAGCUGAUCCUUCUAUUCCAACAUAUUGAGUUAUUUUCAUCACACCUUCAAUUGAUGUGAUUUCAAUAAAUUGUUCUUUUUUUUUUCUUUUUAAAUUGUUAAGGUUGUAAUACAAGAACAUGUGUCAAUAGACAGUAGUCAUGUUGUAUUUAUUAUUAUUAAUUAUUUUUAUUUUGCAAA